UCAGACAGACGCCAUCAGACAGAAGCCAUCCCGGUUGUCAGAAGCACAAGCCAUGUUUGGAGCCACUUCGGGCAGCGCCUUUGGGGCAACCCAGCCCAACCCGUUUGCCGCGUCCUCCGCACCUGCCUUUGGCCAGUCCUCCGCAACGGGAGGGGGCUUGUUUGGGGCGCGGCCCUUUGGUGCCUCUGCCUCUCCCUUUGGCGGGCAGCAGGCGGGCGGCGGCCUGUUUGGUAGUGGCACCGGAGGCGGAGCGCUUGGGGGGGCUACGCAGUCGGCCUUUGGCGCCACCCCAGCAUUUGGGCAGACAACCUCAACACCAGCCUUCGGAGGAACGGCAACGUUCGGUUCCCCGCAGCAGAGCAAUCCUUUCGGAGGGGCCUCCUUUGGUGCCAGCCAGCCCGCCUUUGGCAGCAAUGCUUUUGGGGCUGCUUCGGCGCCAGCGUUUGGAGCUGCGUCCACGUCUGCCUUUGGCGCAACGUCUGCACCGGCGUUCGGAACCUCAACCUUUGGUGCCUCUGCCCCUGCCUUUGGCUCCACUGCCUUUGGGGCCACUAGCGCCCCAGCCUUUGGUACUUUUGGGCAGAGCGCCCCGGCCUUCGGGGCAUCGACGGGGGGAGCGUUUGGUGCAGCAUCUGCGCCAGCUUUUGGACAGAGCACUUCCCCUUUCGGCCAGGCAUCGUCAGCUUUCGGUGCUGUUUCCACGACCCCUGCUUUCGGAGCAGGGGGAGGCUUUGGCGCGGCCGGGUUUGGUGGGCAGCAGAAGGGCACGCGGUGGAAGCGGUUUGAGCCCACCCCCGAGGCGGACGGCACCGCGGGGGGCGUGCAGGCCAAGUUCCAGAGCAUCACGUCCAUGAAGGAGUACGCCAACAAGUCAGUCGAGGAGCUGCGCGCAGAGGACUACGCCAACAACGACAAGGGUGGACCCGCUCCCGCCACCCCUGGUGGUGGCCUCUUCGGUCAGCCUCAGGCGGCUCCUUCCCCUUUUGGCGGGGCUGCUACCCCGAGCCCCUUUGGCGCGUCUUCCCAGUCAGCCUUUGGCGCCGGCACGACUCCCAGCAUCUUCGGCUCCCCCUCGCAGCAGCCCAGCCCGUUUGGCCAGCCCGCCAGCACCCCCGCCUUCGGAGCGGCUUCGACGCCCGCGUUUGGCUCCACGCAAACCUUUGGGGCUCCCACGCAGGCCAGCCCCUUUGGGGCGCCAGCGCAGACGUCCGUCUUUGGUGCGCCGUCAACAGGGAGUGCGUUCGGCGCCCCCAGCAGCACCCCUGCCUUCGGGGGCGGUUUUGGCGCCCCUGCCAGCCAGUCCGCGUUUGGCGGCACUCCGUUUGGAUCUACGCCCGCGUUUGGGUCUCAGGCUGCUAGCGGCAGCAGCAUCUUUGGGCAGACGACGGGCACCUUUGGCACCGGCGGGGGCUUCAACACGGGCGCCGCUACCUCCGCGUCUGCUUUUGGCAGCACUUUCGGCAGUUCUCCUUUCGGAGCCCCAUCGACCACCCCGGCGUUUGGCGCCCCCACGAGCUCCUCCAUCUUUGGGCAGACGACCACCCCGUCCCUCUUUGGCGGCCAGACGGGCAGCGCAUUCGGCUUCAAUGCAGCACAGACCGGCACCAAGGCGGCAGGCCUUACUCUGACCAUGCCUAGCACCUCUGGUGGCCUCUUUGGCCCCCAGCAGCCCAGCGCCGCCCCCGGCUUCGGAGGCAGCAUCUUCGGCGCUCCUUCUCAGCCAACGCAGACCAGCAUCUUUGGCGGGGGGGGUGGGGCCUUUGGGGCGCCCCAGGCGGGUGCCAGCCCCUUCAGCUUCUCCACGCAGCCGGCCGGCGCUUCCCCGUUCAGCUUUGCCCCCCAGCCGCAGCAGCAACAGCUGGGGGGGGUGCAGCCCACUCUGCAGCCCAGCCCUGUGGCAGCCCCCUACGGGACUCUCCCCGCCAUGCCGCAGAUCAGCAUCACGCGCACCGGGGGGGGCUCUCCCGCUGUUCAGUAUGGCAUCUCGAGCCUGCCAAUGGCGGAUCGUGCCCCCCCCGCGGUGCGCACGACCAGCAUGCUCACCCCGCGCCACAUCACACCGCGCUCGCGGAUUCGGCUGCAGGCGCGCAAGGUCGCGCCGCGAGUCUCUCCAGGGGGGAAGGCCGGCUUCUUUGGGGAGGCUUUGGAGCAGUCCCCCAUUGCGCGAGCGGACGUGCUAUUUGCCCCCCGGUUGGAUAACCCGCGCACGCUGUUCAUCCGGGAGCAGACGGCGGACUACAGCCUCAGCCCGGGGUCCAUCAACGGGGAGAACCCCGUGAAGCGGCUGACUAACGGGGAGACGCCGCAGAAGCAGCUGACGGCAAACGGAGAGACUCCGGCAAAGCGCUCGGAGGCAGCGAGCCCCUCCACGCCCGGCGGCCAGUCCACUCCGGGGGGGCAAGCAGCGAGCCCGAUGUCUCAAGGGGGCGAGACUCCUGCAGAACGGACACCCCCGCGGAAUGGCGAGACGCCCAGUCCGGCGAAGCCGCAGGAGAAGGGGAAGCAGCCCGUGAGAGAGGAGGAGAAUGGGAGGGCGGAGAGGAGCGGGGCGGCAAACGGGGCUCACGAGGGGGUGCUCCCGAAGCUGCGGUCGGCAGACUAUUACACGGAGCCGAAGCUGGCGGAACUGGCGGCGAAGGAGCGAGCGGAGAAGGGGUAUACACGGCGGGUGCCCAAUUUCACGGUAGGGCGCAAGGGCUUCGGCAGCGUGCGCUUCCUGGGCGAGACGGACGUGCGUGGGCUCGACCUGGAGGAAAUCAUCAUUUUCAACGACAAGGAAGUCAUUGUGUAUCCGGACGAGGACAAGAAACCGGAAGUGGGCGAGGGGCUAAAUCGCCCCGCUGAAGUGACGGUUCUGAACGUGAAGCGAUUUGACAAGAAGACAGGGGAAGCGAUUACCCAGGGACCAGCGCUGGACCGCUUCGAGCGCAUCCUGCGUGAGAAGACGGCGGAGCAGGGGGCGACGUUCAUCGGGUGGAACCGCGAGAAGGGGGAGUGGAAGUUCCGGGUGGAGCACUUCAGCAAGUACGGGCUGUACCUGGACGACGAGGAUGACGACCCCGACGAGGACAUGACGUCAGCGCAGGAGAACGGGCGGGCGCCUGCGGAGGCGGAGGGCUCUGAGCUGACGUUUGGCGGUGCGCAGGGGCUGCGGGGUGGGGAGGAGCAGGGGGAGGUGCUGAGCGCGGGGGCCGGCGCGCUGGCACACUCUCUGCCGAGCCAGUUGGGCUUGGAUCCCGUCAGAAUGAAUCAGAUGCGCGCCACGCUGUUUGCAGAGGACGAGGCUGAAGCCGCCCGCCGCCAGCGCUUCAUGCGCACCCCGGCCGCCGCUUUCCCCACCCCUAGUUUUCCCACGAUGAUGACCCCCGAGCGCGAACCAACCCAAAGGGAAGAGGCGGAGGACGGAGGUGGCCGGCCCCUGGCAGUGUGGCAGCGCAAAAGGGCGUUCCACAGUGGCGCGGCCGGUCCAAGCCCGGCCAGAAAAACUGCGCCGUUGGCAAUCACGGGUCACGGGCCGGAGGGAGCCCCUCCAAAGCGUGCUCGAGUGGCGGUCGGCUUUGUGGAAGAGGAGGCGCCGGAAGCGGCGGCGGAGCACAGCAGAGCCGGGGUCGACGCCGGGCUGUUCUUGGGGCGGUCGUUUCGCGUCGGGUGGGGACCGGGGGGCGUGCUGGUGCAUGCGAGCGGGGCCAGUGCGAGCGAAACUGAGAACCAAGAGCAGCAGAAGCCGCUUUCCUCCCAGGUUCGAGUCGAGCAGGUGGCCCUGAACGCUGUCCCUGACGUGGAGGACUGGUUCGUGACCCCGCUGCAGAUCCACCGCAGCCACGCGGUGCAGGAAGAAGGGGCGGGCGCGCGCAGGAUGGCGAUGCAGUGCGGGCGCGACGAGCUGGGGCUGCUGUGCGAGUACUACAGCGAGAUCGCCAGGAACCAGGCGCAGCGAGAGGACGCUGACGUCACCGCCCAAGUGGUCGCUCUUCAGGAGCAGGCGGUAUGGCGUCUCGUGGAAGUGCUAUUCGCAGAGAAGGGCGGUGCGGCUGCCAUGGGGGCUGCGGGCGAAAACGACGAUGAAGAGAUGGAGGGGGAGGGGCCGCCGGCAGCGGUGGGGUUUGAGGGGCUGGAGGCCGCGUCGAUGGAGGACGAAGAAGUGCGCGAGAUGGGGCGACGCGCGGCGCUCAGCGCGUGGAUCCGCGAAAACGCGCGUCCCAAUUUGGAGCGGGACCUGGACGAGAUCGAGGUGGCUGCUGACAAGAAGGGCAAGCGCCCGGAAGGUGCGGCGUCAGGGGGAUCCCCCAUGAAAGAAGUGCUGACGCACCUGACUGCUCGCAACCUGGAAGAUGCAGUCGGGGUGGCGGUCGCGGCAGGGGACGUGCGCCUGGCCACGCUCAUUGCGCAGUCGGGUGGGAGCGUGGAGGAGCGUGAUGACGUGGCGCGUCAGGUGACAGCAUGGCGAGAACUCGAAGCAGACCAACACAUUGACGAAGACCGUUUACGGGUCUACAAGCUGCUGGCGGGGGACGUGGACGGUGCUCUGCAGGGGGCUCUCCCGGUUGACUGGAAGCGUUACCUGGGGCUCUUACUUUGGUACAAACUGCCCCCCAACGCGUCAACCCCGGAAAUCGUGGCUGCCUACAAGGCAGCCUGGACCGCGCAGGCGAGCCCCGUGCCGGCCCCGCUGCCGCUGUACGUGGAAGAAGGGCCGCGCUUGGAUCUGCCGCCACCCAAAACCGAGGCGGCGUUUGACACCAGCUACUACCUGCUGCUGCUAUACGGGGCCGGCGGGGUCGACCUGGCGUCAAUGCAGAAGAUGCUGCGCAGCGCGAGCGCCACGCCCGACUGGCUGGACCACCGCCUCGCGUGGCACCUCUACGGUGUGCUCUCAGCGAUCGGCAUUCCGCUUCCCGCGAGCGCGGAAGACCUGCACAUGAGCUUUGCGGCGCAACUAGUGGCGGCGGGGCUGUGCGAGUGGGCGGUGUAUGUGGCGCUGCACAUCGAGGAUGCGGGCCUGCGCGAGCGCGCCGUGAAGGAGCUCCUGGAGCGGCACUGCGAGGAGUGGGCCGGGGACGACGAGAAGGAGGCGCUCCUGGAGGAGCUCAACAUCCCAGCGGAAUGGAUGCACGCAGCGCAGGCCCAGCUGUGCCUGGCAUCUCGUGACGAGGGCGCGGCCCUGGAGCACCUGAUCGCCAGCGGCCAGGCCGGGCCCGCCCACCACCUGCUCAUGACCGCUGUCGCACCCCAACUCUUCGUCCAAGGGACCCACGAGGUGCUCAUUGCCCGUGUCGAGGCGCUGUCCUCUUUGUCGACCAGCAUCGCAGACUGGCCCCGGGGUGGCCAGCUGUAUCUGGACUGCUACAACCUGCGCCAUGCGCUGACAGCGGAGGUAGACGAGAGGCCGCCCGAAUUGGUCGGCUUGGAGCAGCGCACCGCCGCUUGCGAGUCCCUCUUCACACGCAUCGCCCAGGCCCGUGUGCUCUGGGCAGGGGGCAGCGGUGACCGCUACCUCAGGCUGGUGUACGGCCGCAUGGCCGACGACCUGUCCCGGCUGCUCCGUGCGGACACCGAACAGAGCGCGCCCACCGAGUCCCUGGCGGCCGCGGCAUACACGGCUCUGCUCCGUACUCCGGCACCCCAGGACGUGCGCGCGUGCAGGGCCCACGACGCAGUGGCGCACUUCACGCAGUGGCUCGCGGAGCCGGUUGCAUGAGCAAUGUCAACGGGAAGAAGCGAAUGAAAGAGCCGCAAAGCGGCCUUAGCACAAAAUCUCUCCUAGAGGAGAGGGUUUUGAUCAUGAAUCGAAUCCUAGGAUGCUAUGUGUAGGAUGCUGAAUGCUGAUGCGAUAUGUUCAUGACUGGAUUGUUAGGUUGAAGUUGGUUGCAUUGUUGAAUCUGCUCAGUGCCCCACGUGUAGUGUUGAACGCUGAUAGGUUCAAGUGGUAGUUCAAUUCUUAGUCCUGAAAGAUGCGUAGGAACCUGCUAGCUUGAAUCAACUUGCCACAUUGUAUUCUGCCAGAUGCUUCCUGUCUGCUGAUUGAUUGUGCCCGACCAUUGAAUAGUAAUCCUCAUUCAUGCUUUCCAAAGUUU